UCACGGCACCAGCGGACUUCCGGAUCACGCUGCCCAAACGCUCUGUGCGGAGCAACAGCGCUCGCGGGUGCCGCCGGGAGCUGUAGUCCGUCCCGCCUGCCCAGUCAGCGCUGUGCCCCACACUCGGAGCCCGGAGCCGCCGCCCAAGGGGAUGCGGGAGCUCCUGGUUCCGGCGAGCAGAGAGGCAGGAGGGGUGAGGGGCGUUCCUUGGCAACGGGCAAGCGCCGCGGUUGGGAAGCCAAGGGCGGCAUGUCCCAGGGUCCGCCCUCUGUGUACCACGAGCAGCAGCGCCUGGAGCUGUGUGCCGUCCACGCCCUCAACAACGUCCUCCAGCAGCGGCUCUUUAGCCAAGAGGCUGCCGAUGAGAUCUGCAAGAGGCUGGCCCCAGACUCCCGACUGAACCCUCAUCGCAGCCUCCUGGGCACCGGCAACUAUGACGUCAACGUGAUUAUGGCUGCCCUGCAGGGGCUGGGCCUGGCCGCCGUGUGGUGGGACAGGAGGAGGCCCCUGUCUCAGCUGGCCCUGCCGCAGGUGCUGGGGCUGAUCCUGAACCUGCCCUCGCCCGUGUCGCUGGGGCUGCUGUCGCUGCCGCUGCGCCGGCGGCACUGGGUGGCCCUGCGCCAGGUGAAUGGCAUCUACUACAACCUGGACUCCAAGCUGCGGGCGCCCGAGGUCCUGGGGGACGAGGACGGCGUCAGGGCCUUCCUGGCGGCCGCGCUGGCUCAGGGACUGUGCGAGGUGCUGCUCGUGGUGACCAAGGAGGUGGAGGAGAAGGGCUGCUGGCUUCGGACGGACUGACCCGUGGACGCGGGAGCGCCCCCUGCCCACCCGCGUGGCCCUACGCGUCCCUGUCUGCCUCCUGCAGCGGGAAGGACCAGGCCUGCACCCCAUGGCGCCUGCCGAGGCCCCAGCCCCGCACCCGCACCCCCUACUCCCCAGUACCGCUGCUGCCUCAAUAAACACGCAGAUUUGCUCCCGGC